AUGACUGAUGAUAUAACGAAUGAGAAUGAAAUAAAUGGUGGCAAGUACUUGUCGACAAUGAAUGGUGAACAGAAUAAAGACGAAGAGAUUGAUGAGAAUCACCUGGCAAACCUUCGUUCGUCUUCGAAUAGUACAACGUCAACUGUGUCAUGUCGAUCGUCAUCUGUCUCGACAAGUGUCUUGCGAAAACAACAACAAAUUAAUCGCCGGCGUGCAUUUUUCCAAGAUGAUGUCGUCGGUCGAAGCCUGACGACUCAUAAUAAUAAUAAUAAUAACAAUAAUACUAAUCAUUCGUCAACAAUCGAUGAUAAUCAGCAAAUCUUAACGACAAAUAAUGAUAAUUAUGAGAUAAAUCCAGAGGAAAGUUCAACAGUCUUAAUAAAUCAGCAUGAAGAAAAUCCAACGAAUAAAUCAUUUAAAAGAAAAGCCGUCUCGUUUAGUACUAUGCCAUUUGAAAAGAAAGUUGCAGAUGUGUGCGAUUGUCUUCGGUACAUGCAAGAAGGAAGUGAUUUUCUCAAAGUUCGUUCCUACGCUCGACAAUUUCGUCGUUUGUAUAAACUAAAUGAAACGUUAACAGCAAUUAGCUGGUAUCCAACAUCGAAAAAACCAUCAAAAGCCAUGAUCACAAUUGAUUCUAUCAAAGAGAUACGAUUGGGUAAAACGACUGAACGUCUUCGAGAAUACACACAUCAGUUUCAAAACGAAUCAUUUUUCUCAAUUAUUUACACAAAUGGAAAUAAUCAAUAUGCUUCACUUGAUCUCGUUGCCAGUAGUGCUGACGAAGCCAAUAUAUGGGUGACUGGUUUAUCGUGUCUUAUUGCUGGACAAGGUUCAGCACCAUCACCAGCUGAUUUUGAGGAUCGACAACAAAUGCGCGAUCGAUGGCUACGCGACGCGUUCACAGUUCCUGAACAAAUCAAUCGAGAUGAACAACGCUCGAGUACAAAUUCCAUGGACGAAGAAGAAGCCAUACGACUACUGAUAGAUUACGGUAUAUCGGAGGAAAAGGCGAAAGUUCGAUUACAGGAAAUUCAAUCAAGUAAAUCAGAAAGUGCACGUGGAUUUUUCACAACAGACGAACUUAUUAACGUCUUCAAAGAACUUUCAACCCGACCCGAGAUCUAUCAUCUUCUUGUCAGAUAUUCCCGUAAUCAAGAUUUCUUAUCGACGGAAGACCUAACAUUAUUUCUUGAAGCUGAACAAGGCAACUCCAAAAUUACACGUGAAAAAUGUGCAGAAAUCAUCCAAGAAUUCGAACCGUCGGCGGAAGCGAAGCUUGCUGGACAUUUGGGUAUUGAUGGCUUCACAAAUUAUCUCUUAUCACCAGAAUGUGAUAUAUUUAAUCCACAUAAUCGAAAUGUCUGUCAAGAAAUGGACCAUCCACUUAAUCAUUAUUUUAUAGCAUCGUCGCAUAAUACAUUUCUCUUAGCUGAUCAAUUGAAAGGUCCAUCAAGUGUUGAUGGAUUUAUCCAUGCGUUGAUGCGCGGCUGUCGUUGCCUGGAACUUCACUGUUUCGAUGGAGCCGACGGUCAGCCAACAAUUCACAAUGGCACAUUAACGACUCGUAUACCUGUGAAUGAAGUCUUAGAAGCGAUUAACAAUUAUGCUUUCGAAACGUCUAGUUAUCCGUUGAUACUCUGUAUUGAGUUACAGUGUGCGGUCAGUCAACAAGAACGUUUAGCGCAGUUAUUAAUUGAAAUAUUUGGGGAUAAAAUAUUUCUCGAUCAUCUAACAACUAAUGUAAAUAGUAUAUCGAAUGAGUAUCGACCGCUACCAUCACCGAAUGAUCUACGUGGGAAGAUAAUCAUCAAAGGAAAGAAAUUGCCGCCAUCAUUUUCCAACGAGAUCAACAAAGAAUAUGGCGAAAUAACUGAUGACGAAGAUUGCUAUGAAGAUAACAAAAGACGAUCGAAAAAAGAUACAAAUAGUAAAAGACAUCGACGGUUAGCUUUAGCCUUUUCCGAUCUUGUUACAUUGCUUCGUUCGGCACCCUUUGAAGAUUUUGAAACGUCAUCGAAUGAACAACAAUCUGGUCAAGUUUGUACAUUUAGUGAAAAUGCAGGUUUACGUUUAGCUACCAGUGAUGCCGAAGAAUUUGUUAAUUAUAACAAACGUUUUCUCUCCCGUAUAUCUCCUGGAACAUGGCGUGUUGAUUCAUCGAACUUGAACCCGCAAGAUUUCUGGAAUGUGGGUUGUCAGAUGGUGGCAAUGAAUUAUCAAACUGCUGGAAAAUUUAUGGAUGUCUAUUUUGGGCGAUUUUUAAGCAAUGGUGGUUGUGGCUAUGUACUCAAACCAACCUAUCUGCGCUACGAUAAUGCCGCUGCGGCGGCAGCAGCGUCAUCAUCGAUCAUUAGUGGAAGACUCUCGACGAAUCUUUACUCAUCGAAUACGCCUCAAAUACUUCAUAUUAAAGUUAUUAGUGCGCUACAUCUUCCAAAGCCCGAACAAGCAGAAUUGAAAGCAAAUUCUGUUGAUCCGUAUGUCGUCGUACAAAUAUUUGGGGUACCCAGAGAUUGUGACGAAGUACGCACCAAAACUGUUUAUCAUAAUUGCGAAAGUCCACAAUUCAAUGAAGCAUUUGAAUUCGAAAUAGCUUUUCCUGAAUUAACACUUGUUCGAUUUGUUGUGUUGGAUGAUGAGUCACUCGAUUAUGAUUUCAUCGGACAAUAUACUUUACCAUUCGAUUGUAUUCAACCAGGCUAUCGACAUGUUCAUCUGUAUACGAUUGGUGGUGAUCUCAUUGCCAACGCUUAUCUAUUUGUACACAUUGUUGUCAAUAGCAAAUCAUUGGCCGUUAAACCUCGUCGAUCAAUGUCUCGUUAUCGUCGUUCUCUAUUACGACGUAAAUUACGUGUUGCAGCAUUUCGACCUGUGAAUCAUCGGCAAAUCGAUGAUCUUUUUAAGUCUGUAGUUCAACCGCUGGAAACCGCAUUCGAAUAUCGGCAUGCUGUGGAACAAAGUCUCUGUGAAUUGAAUGAAAUGUGCGGUUUACCUGAUAUUUCCAAUGUCAAACAAUGUGUGAGAAAAAUUGCUAGUCGAUUACAAAAGGCCAAUCUCGUUGGUGCUGUAACUAUUCGAAAUCAAUCGGAUAUUCCUAUCUUCGAAUAUUCAACAACAUUACCUGAGCUAUCCCGUCAGAGCGUCGUCGCUCUUGAAGAAGUGAUUAAUCGAUGUCGAGCGCUAAUUGAUAAUGGUAGUGUGAUACAUAAAAAAUUAUUCAGUGUACAAUCCGAAGUAUGCGAGUUGAGUAAAGACAUUCCAAAAUUACUCGAAGGCAACGGUUUACGUGGAAAAAAGUUCACUAAAGCAAUUGAUAAUUUCUCUUAUGAUCUCGCUUUGUUGCAUGGCCAAACAGAUUUGUUAAAUAAAGCUAAACAAGAUGCGAUUGUGACCAUUCGACAAAUUCUCGAAGCAGCUGAAACAACACAUUUAUUAGUCCAAUCCGAAUAA